AUGAUAAGCUGACAAAAACGACCCAACGAGAUGCUGCGGAGAAGCUUGGCAUUCCUCAGGCUACCUUGUGUAGUCUAAUCAAACAACGAGAGACAAUCAUGACCGCUAACGACGGGGAAAGAAAACGACGGCGCCCGGGCAAAGCACCUGCGGUUGAGGCCGCCCUGGUCAAAUGGAUUGAUCAUGCCCGGUCUCGCAACGCUCCGUUGAGCGGACCCUUGGUCAGGGAGAAGGCUGCGGCAUUAGCAACAAGCCUCGGAGACGAGAGUUUCAAAGUUUCUAGCGGCUGGUUUGAGCGAUUUAAAAAGAGGGAGAACAUUGUGUUUAAGAAGCUGCACGGGGAAGCUGCUGAGGCUGACACUGUGUCACGCGACGAGUGGCUCGAGCAACAGUGGGUCAGAAUGAGAGAGGAGUACAGUGAGGAGAGCAUCUGGAACGCUGAUGAAACCGGGAUUUAUUUUCGGGCUUUACCUGACGGCACCCUGACCUUCAAAUCUGACAACAAAAGAGGGGGUAAAAAAUCUAAAGAAAGAAUUACGGCUUUGUUCGCCUGCUCUGCCGCAGGAGAAAAGAAGGAACUUUUUGUCAUCGGAAAAAGUCAGAACCCCCGCUGCUUCAAACACGUACGUACACUGCCUGUUCGCUACGCAGCCAAUGCUAAUGCUUGGAUGACCGGGGCUCUCUUUGUGGAGUGGUUAAAGGACUGGGAUCGCAAACUGGGCCAAGAGAGGAAGCGUAUUCUGCUGCUUGUGGACAACUGCUCCGCCCAUAACAUGAACAAUUCAACACUGAGAAACAUUCGACUCGAGUUUCUGCCGAAGAACCUCCAUUCUUCAGUCCUGUGA